AUAAGUAGUUGUAUUAAAAUGUGAAACAAUACAUUUUUUUUUUAUUGAUAAAUGAUAAAAAUCACAAAUUUAUAUAUUCAUUUUUGUUUCACUAACAACAACACACUUCAUUCAUUCAUUCCCUUCUUUUCUUUCUUUUUUUUCCACAUCUCUCUUUCUCUCUCACUUUCUUAUGAUUACACAUAUUGAUGAACAACGACACAAACAUAAUAAACAACCUCGUUAUUAAACAAAAAAUCUGAUUCAUACAUAGAUUGUUCCUGUUACUGUCUGGUUCUAAAGAUUGAUGACAAACACCCCUUUUACCUGGAAGCCCAAAACAAAGAGAAGACGAACAGGACAAGGGUAAUCAAAUCAACGAUCACCCCUUCUCAUUCUCAGGGCUUAGAAAUUUUACUUUUUUUAUUUUUUUUGGUUAAAAAUGGAGGUUUUUGUGGGACCCACUUUCACCAUCAACGUUCCCGACCAGACCCGAGAGGAUUUACCGACGGCCUUUCGGAUCUCAGGACCACCGAAGUUUUUCGCCGGAGGUUCGCCGGAAAGUUCAUCGUCGAUCGGAACUCCUGAUGACAGUGACAACGAUGAAGAAGUGCAGAGUCAGUUAAAAGGAAGAAAUGGGUUGGGUUCGUUGGAUUCUUUAGAAGAUUCUCUUCCCAUCAAGAGAGGAUUAUCAAGUCAUUUUGAUGGAAAAUCAAAGUCAUUUACAGAUCUAUCACAAGUAAACAAUUUAAAGGAAUUGCAAAAGCAAGAGAGUCCAUUCAACAAAAGAAGAAGGGUUCUUAUUGCAUCUAAAUUUUCAAGAAAAUCAUCUUUUUAUUCAUGGUCUAAUCCUAAAUCCAUGCCACUUUUUCCUGUUAAUGAGGAUCAUAAUGAUGAUUAUUAUGAUUAUGGAGAUAAUGAUUAUGAAGACUAUGAAGAAGAGGAAAAAGCUAGAAAAAUGCCUUUUGCUUCAUCAUCUUCAUCUUCCUCUAAUUCCUUGGUUGAGGAUAAGAAACAAGAUGAUAAUCAUCAUGUUCAAAUUGGUAAUGGUAGAAUGCAUGAAUCAUAUGCUGAUGAAAUGAGGCUUAGAUUGAGAAGCUUUAAGUCAAGAAGCUUUUCUCUUGCAGAUCUACAAGAACAUGAUGAUGAGGAAGAUGAUGAGGAUGAUUAAUUAGUUAAUUAAUUAACAUUAACAUAAAGUUUUUUCUUUUAUUCUUUUGUUGUUAAAUGUUAAAUAAAAUUUAUAGUAUCAAUCACUAUUCAGUACUACUAAGUUACCUACUGAAUUGAAUAAUAACUUGUAUUUUUAUGCUAAGACUUAAAAAUGAAAUUUGCUACUAGUAAUGAAUUAUGAAUAUUCCUUGCAUAUCCUAAUGUGGGUCUACUAAAGUAAUGUAAGUUUCAUAAUAAUAAUCGAAAUUUUUUGUUUCUUUUUUUGA